AUGGGUACAGGGCCUAGUAAACGAGAACUUCGACAUUUCUUAAAGCGCUUUGAUCCUCAAGAACCCAAAUCCACCAACAUUUCACUUAAGGACCUUUCGUCACAACCCAUCGCUUCGCCUAAAGAAUACGUCAAUGCUCUGUUAGCGCCCUCUUAUCAUCAACUUGCAUUGACAAAAAUAGAAGGCCCAUUUGAAAAAUCAGACUGGCAAAAUGUAGCCAAUACACUCCACAAACUUCAAAAACUAGGUCUGUCUUCCAUUGUGGUACCUGACAAUCCAUCUUGGACUAGUGAAAAGUCGGCUGGAAAUGAACUUGUUAAACAAAUGUUGAGAGAAAGUAUGGCAUUGGUUGAAUCGAUUGAUCAAGCAGGCGGCCGUGCUCGAUUGAUUUAUGGUUCUGCACUUGAGCGAUCAUUGAAUGGCAAUAUUGAAAUUAACCUUGACUUUAUUUUGUCUGCAUUAAACAAUAACCAGAUCCCCAUCUUGGUACCUACUUUGACAGAACACGAUGGUCAGCUUGUACCAGUCAAGGCUAACCAAGCCCUGGUGGCAUUGACACAGCGUCUGGCUAAUCAAGCAGUAGAUCCUAAACUUGUGCCAUCUAAAAUUGUAGUCAUCAAUAAAGAAGGAGGUAUACCCAAUCAUGCAUUGCCUGGUACAGCGCACAGUCUAGUGAAUGUACAAGAAGAAUACGAAGAUAUCGAGAAAGCCUUUUCAACCCAUGAAACAUGGAAACAAAGUCAUCCCAACACCAUGCAAGACUUGACCAUGAUACGAGACUGUCUUGAUCAAUUACCGACUGCUUCCUCUGCUAUUAUUGUGCCUACUUCUUCCUUACCAUCUGCCUUAAUCACCAAUCUCGUGACAGACAAACCUCUGUAUUCUUCUUCUCUGCCUGUCACUCAUGCUGCUCAGAUCAACCAAAAAAAGACAACGGUACUACGUCAUGGUAUCAAGAUCAAUACGUUUCAUGAUCUAGGCGACUUGAACCUGAAUCGAUUAACGAGUUUAUUAGAAGCUAGUUUUCAACGCAAGGUUAAUACAGAGGCAUUCUACAGUCGACUGGAUAAAGUAUUAGCAGGAGCCAUUAUUGCAGGUGAUUAUGAAGGUGCUGUGAUCAUGACAGAUGAAAAACCUGAUCCUUCUAGUUCAAGAUCGCAUGCUUAUCUUGACAAAUUUGCGAUUGCACCUUCAAGCCAGGGGAUUGGGUUGACUGAUAUUCUAUGGAAGCGGAUGUGUGAUAAUUAUCCUGAACUACUUUGGCGAAGUCGUAAAGAUAAUGGUGUCAAUAAAUGGUAUUUUGAAAGAUCGAAUGGGUUUAUAAGACUAAAGGAUAGUAAUUGGGUCUUAUUUUGGCAUGGUGCAGAAGGUCAUAAGCAUGCUCAAGAUUACGCCAAGAUUACCAUGUCCAUUCCACCAUCAUUUAUGGCAUAG